AUGGCCUCCACAGCCGAUUCCAAGAAGUCACCCAAAGUUGACGAGACCAGCAAGCCAGAUGAUAUCCUCGAAGGCUCCGUCGAAGAUGCGACCGAAUAUUCCGACAGCUACUUCCGAAAUCUUCGUUUCAAAAUCGAUCUAUGGCUCCUCCCGCUGAUGUGGGUGUGCUAUGGCACGCAGCAAGCCGACAAGACAUCCCUCAGCGUCCAAGCCGUCUUUGGCCUGCGGGAAGACACGGGGCUCGUGGGCGAGCAGUUCAACUGGCUGAGCACCAUCUUCUACAUCUCCUACCUCGUCUGCGAGUUCCCGGGAAACUGGCUGAUACAGAAGAGCCACACGGGCAAGUUCCUGUCGGUCGUCAUGGUUCUAUGGGGUGUGGUCGUCCUUUGUAUCGCCUUUGCCAAGAACUUUGCGCAUCUCAUGAUUCUUCGCACGCUGCAGGGGGCCCUUGAGUGCACGAUCUCGCCGACGUUUAUGCUUAUUACCGGAACUUGGUAUACCUCCCAGGAACACACCCUAAGGUCUCUGCUUUGGGGAACAUCAAAUGCCGGGAUGAACAUCAUUACCGGGCUUUGCAUGUAUGGAAUUGGACUGCACGCCCAGAAAGACCCGAAUGGCUUGGCUGCAUGGAAGGGAAUCUCGCUAUUUCUCGGCGGUUUAACGAUUGUGUGCGGCAUCCUAGUCUGGUUUAUACUCGGCACACCCCGUGAAGUCCGAUGGCUCAACGAAGAAGAGAAGAAGGCUGCCAUGGCGCGCGUCAUCGUCAACCAGACCGGCUCGGAUCGUCAAAAAAGAUCCGAGUUCAAAUGGGAGCAGGUGUGGGCAACAUUCAAGGACCCCCAAACCUAUUUUUUCUUCUUCGUUACCAUCAUCAAUGCCUUGCCUAACGGAGCGAACACGACAUUUUCAAAAUUGAUCUGGAAGUCAUUCGGAUUCACACCGCUGGAGACGCUGCUGAAGGGCUCUACCCCUUAUUACUGCGUGAGCAUCGUCUGGUUCUUGAUAGUUGGAUUUGUCACGUUGAAGAAGCCGAAUCUUAGAUUCUUGAUGAUGAUGUUUUCUCUCUUGCCGGCUUUCAGUGGCAUGAUGGCUCUGGCCUUUCUUCCCACAACGUCUAUGAAGUGGACGAGAUGGGGAAUGUAUAUCCUGCAAGUCUUCGGGUCGCUGCCAGGUCUGAUGAUUUGGACUUUCUUGCCGUCCAAUGUAGCAGGUAGGACCAAGAAGACAGUUACAUCCACAGUCCUAUUUGUCGCCUAUUGCGUGGGGAACGCGGUGGGUGCCCAAAUGUUCGUGGCAUCUGACGCACCAAAGUACAUUCGUGGUCUCACUGCUUGUGCUGUUCUCUACUGCGUCGAGUUCUGCAGCAUGGCUACUUGGCGCUUCUACUACAUUUGGGAGAAUAAGAGGCGGGAUAAGCUUAUUCGCGAGCAAGGAAUCUCGGAAGAGGAAAGCGAGCGUCUCGGAAAGUUGAACGCUGAGGCCGACAUGACGGACAGGGAGAACAUUUACUUCAAGUACAAGUAUUAG